GAUGGAUCUCCUUUCUGCUUCCCCUACCUCGUCUUCUAAUUCUACCUCGCCUCCGUCUGCCUCUGUCUUCCCGCGGCGAGCCGAGUAGCUGAUGCUUUUUCUACAGCCCACGACGCGCGAGCGGCAUAGAGCCGAGCCUGUGCGUUUACCCCAGAACUGUUUAUAGGUUGUGCUGACAUACCGUGACCGCAGAAGGCUGCAGUAGAGACUUUCUCAGUCCAAGCCCCCGCGACGCCACGCUUUUUCAACCUCCGACAUGAAACAAAUAAAGGUUGGGAGCUGCCGCGCUUCGAGCCCUGGGUCUCGUUGACGCAUCGCUGCGUGCCAAGAUCAUCUUGUGCUCCCUCUUUCGCGGGAUCAUGACCCUCGCCUGCAUGUGCUCGGAUGUUUUCCCGCCCCCCGCUGUUGCUCAUGGAACUGCUGUCGACCUGUUCACGCUCAAGCGAAUCAUCUUCUACUUCCCCCCGGUGGCGAAUUCGUCUUCCGCAUACGCGGCCAGCAAGCUGCCGUCUUCAUGCGCCUCGCCGUCGAGCUGCACGCACGUCUGUCCAUCGUCCCUUACGACCUCACGCUGCGCGCCAGCUCCGUGGUCAACUUCCCGCGCUUCGUCGCGAUCUACGACCAGGCGAAGCUAUCAACGACAAAUUCGAGCGAUCCAACGGACCUGCUGCCCAACAACCUCGUCCUCAUUGCUCCCGUCACAGAACGAGAGGGACGCCCCGUUGAGUUUCCAGCUUCUCAAGCGUGCCGGCACGCGCAUCGUACCCCUUGUGGAACGCACGACCUGCUGUACGCCAGCGACCUGCGCCACGUCGACGAACUCGAAAAGGCGGGUGUGCCCACGCGCUUUUUCGAGAGGGUCAGCGGCAUACACGUCUACACCAUCCUGGUCGAAACAGGCAUGAUAGAAGCGGAAGAGGGCUCGGAUAUAGUACAGCGUGCCGUCGGGGAGAACAGUUGCGAUGCAGCAGCAGCGGCUAAAUCGACCGAGACGAGCUCGUGA